AUGGCGACCCCUCCUCAAUUCGCACCACCCUCGACUGCAUCUCUGGAAAUCGACACACUUCCCGUUCUCUAUGCCCUCCUCUCACGACUCCAGCCACCCGCCUCCUCAGGUGCCGCCGGCUCCCCACCAGCCGCGACACCUUCCAUUAACACACCCUCACUCGCGGAUCCAACGGCCCCCUUGAGGUUAAAGGACAUCCCCAUUGCAACUGAUGGCGUAAAACAUAAGCUACAGAAGGCGCGGAAGGAAGUGAAGGGGUUCCCAGACGUGGAAAGGACCAUCGCGGAGCAGGAGGAGGAAAUCAGAGAAUUGCAGGAGAAGAUCAGGGAGCAGAAAGAGGUCUUGAGAGGACUGGCAGAUGUGGGUAACGCCGUCAAAACAGAGAAGGAGAAGUAA